AUGGCCGCCGUGUCGCCUCCCCACUCGCCGCCUCCGGCUCGCUCCUCCCCUUCUUCCCCCGGCUCGCCGUACCAACACCUCGCCGACGCCGACCACUGCUUCCUCCCCUCGUCUCAGCACUCGACCUCGCCCGUCCUCCCGAGCCGCACCCGCAGCGGCUCGCGCACCUACGACGAGGCCCAGGCCGACGACCGCCAGCACCUCGCCAGACGCCGCACCCGCAGCCGCGAGCGCGCCGCCGCCGAGGACGCCCUCGUCGGCCGCAAGUCGUCGAGUGAACACGCCGCCCCCGGCGCGUACGAGCACGCGGGCGACGAGAUGAGCGCGCACGAGCUCCGGGCAGAGAUGGAGACGCUCAUGCUGUUGCGGCGACGCUCAAUGAGCCAGCCCGUCGCCGACCCGGACCUCCCGCCGACAGCUCCGCCCACCUCUGCGCCGCCCAUCAAGCGCCCCAACCUUACGCUCGCCAUCCCGACCAUCAACGAGCACCCCGGCGGCGGGCCUGUAUCGCCCACCGCGCCGUCCCCUGCCGAGACGGGCACCCUCGUGCGCCGCCGCUCGACCGUCGGCGGCCGCCUCCCGUCUGAGCACCCUCUUCCCUCACCUCCCCCUGUCCCCUCGCCAGCCCUCCAGUUCCCUCACUCGUCCUUCUCGUCACCCUCGUCAUCCUCGGCCGAGUCGGACGAGCUCUCGUCGUCGCCCGCGAGCUUCUGGCUCCCAGCCUCGCUUCACCCGGAGCUCGCGCCCGCCGAGUUCAAGGCCUUCAUCCGCGAGCAGACGCGCCCCGAGGCGCUCGCGCGCCGCACGUCGCUCUCGGCCGGCGGCGGCGGGCCUGGCUCGGGCGCGGCGGGCGCCAACCACGGCGGCGUCGGUCCCGGCGGCGCGCCGACCGGUCGCCCGACCCGGCGCGCGAGCCUCCUCCGCGGCGAGUACAAGCCGCGCGCCAACGACGGCGUCGGCGACGAGCGCCGCGAGCAGCCGCCGCCUGUGCCCCGCAUCGACGAGGAGCACCUCGUCAAGCGCACGACGAGCGACGGCGCGGCGGCCAAGCAGCGCCGCAGCCGCAACACGCUCAACUUUGAGGAGCUCACGAUCAAGGACCUGCAGCGCCUCGAGGAGCUCGCCGCCAAGGCCGAGGCCGAGGGCAACACCGAGGGCGAGGAGGAGGAGGGCGAGCGCCUCGGGCGCGUGUUGCGCAGGAGCCUGAGCCUCAACCCUCACCGCGUCGCCGCAGCAGCAGCAGCAGCCGGCACCUCUUUCGGCGGCGGGACGCUCGCCUCGACGGCCGAGGAGCCGGCCGGCACCGACGCCGAGGGCAGCGAGCCGAGCCUCGACAGCCACGACGGCGCCAGCGUCGACGACGAGGAGGCGCCCAUCAUCGUGUUUGCGCCCGGCCAGAUCCUGCGCCGCAACGCGCGCACCAAGAUCCGCAAGACGAGCAUCGGCGGCACCGAGACGACCAUCGGCUUCUCGGGCGGGAGCCGGUACGGCUCGGGGCGGCGCAAGGGCGGCAGGUCGUCGACCGGCGACACGAGCGUCGAGACGGGCGAGAGCGGCGGCACAGGCGGCGGCGGCGAGGGCCCGUUGACGGCGUCGAGCGAGGGGGGCGAGGCGGGCGAGGCGGGCGACAGCGCGUCGCCGCCUAGCUCGGACCAGCAGCACAUCGAGGUCGCGACGCUGCCCGUCGACGACGGGCCGCACGUCGUCGUGCAGCAGCAGCACCCGCCGGCGCUCCCGCCAAAGUCGGAGCAGGCGCCGCUCCCGACCGUCGUCGUCGACCGCCCGACCGUCGACGCUUCUCUGCCGCCACCCGUACCUGCACCUCGUCCCCCCUAUCCGUCCGUCGACACCCCUGCGCCCGUCGUCCCUCCUCCCGGCGGCGCUGUCGAGCCGACCUCGCCGACCUCGCCCACCCGCAACGCGAUCUCGCCAGCCUCGGCCGAGUACGACUGGGCGACGCACCAUCAGCCUGCACCGCCACCACCCCCACCGCCGGCGCCAGAACCGCAGUACACGGUCCAUCCGCAGCACCUCCCUCGCCAGCCGUUCGGCGAGGUCCCGCCGCCGCAAGCCGUCCCGAUCCCGCUCCCUCAGCAGCGCAAGGAGCCGCCCGCGCCCUCGCCUCCUCCGCCUGCACCGGCUCCCGCCCCGGCGCGCUCGCAGUCGCCCAAGCCGGCGCCCAAGGAGAAGAAGAGCGGCUGGGCCCGGCUCGGACUCGGGCGCGACGACGACAAAAAGCGCAAGGGCAAGGGCCGCGAUCGCUCGGACGAUGGCGCGAGUACGACGAGCGCGUCGUCGCACGGGAGCGGCGGCGGCGGCGACAAGGAGUCGAGCGGCGGCGGCGGUGGGAGCGGGUUCCUGAGCGGCAUCUUCGGCCGCAGCAAGCGCGGCGGCAGCGCCGAGCACGAGCCUCCCGCUCCUCCUCGUGCGCCCUCGCCGCCUCCUGAACCGCGCAUCCCGCCACCGCCGCCGACGGCGUCGGGCGUGCUCCUGCCCAACGGGCGGUACGCCAACUUUUACCGGCUCCCGAUCCACGUCGAGCGCGCCGUGUACCGCCUCAGCCAUAUCAAGCUCGCCAACCCGAGGCGGCCGCUGUACGAGCAGGUGCUCAUCUCGAACCUCAUGUUCUGGUACCUCGGCUUGAUCCAGAAGCCUGUCGCACCUCCUCCCGCCGUGGCGCCCGUCCCCAUCCCGGGCUUGCCCUCGCCCUCCCCAAACCCGUCCCCUUCCCUCCCCAACGGCCUGCCCGCCUCGCCCUCUCCUCACGACGCCUCGCCCGCGUCGUCGUCUGCCGCGCCGUCGGCACCUGUCGCCGUCGGCCCGCCGCCGUCGUCGCCGUCGCAGCCGCACAAGCGCGGCGGGCUGAGCAAGCCGUCGCGCGCCGCAGCCGGUGCACGCCCGGCGGCCGAGAUGCCGAUGCGCACCGUCAGCUACGAGGUGCAGAACCAGCAGCUGCUCGUCGAGGAGCAGCGCGAGCGGUACCACCAGCAGCACCAGCAGCUCGGCCAGGGUCCGCCGCCGGGCCAGGGCCAGGGCCAGUACUCGGCGCCGCCGUCGUCGCAGCAGCAGGGCUACGCCGCACCCGGGUCGAGCGGCGGUGGCUCCUCGUCGCGCUCGUCGCCGUCGCGCUCGCUCUUUGCGCCGCCGCUGAGCUCGACGAGCGCGGCGACCGGGCCCGAUCCCGCUCAGCAGCAGCGCUCGCCGGAGCGAGCCUCGGCGCCGGCGGCCCUGUACGCCGGCGGCGCAGCAGACGACGACGACGAUCGGCCACUUGCGCUAGCGCAGCACGCUCAGCAGCAGCCGCAGCCGUACUCGACGCGCGAGUCGUUCCCGCCGACCCGCGGCGCCGUCCAGGUCCCUCCCGCGUCGUCGUCGGCGCGCCCGGGCUUCGAGGUGACGUCUCGCCGCGUCUCGGGCGGGUCGAUCACGAGCGCCGAGCACGCCUACGGCGGCGGGUACGACGACGGCGGCGUGAUCGCGCACCACGACCCGGCGCUCCUCGCGUCGUCGUCGGCGGCCAAGCACGAGCGCCGCGCGUCGGCCAUGUCGGACCGCAGCUUUGACGCGGGCGAGAUCUACGACGCGUACGCGCCGGGCAGCCCGGGGCUCGUCAGCGGUCCGGGCGCGAGCUCGCUGUUCGGGCCGCCGCCGUCGUCGUCGUCGGGCGCGCCGGCUGUCGCGCUCGAGACGCCGCCAGGGGCGGUCCUCGGGGCGGUGGCGCCGAGGGGCUCGAGCCUGAGGGCGUUGUCGCGGUGA